AUGGCCAGACUACUCCCCUUCCUUCUCAUCCUUCUCGCCUUCGCCCUCAUGAUCUGCCAGGCAGCCGGCGCGCCCACACCAACAGACGAAAAGCCAUCCCUGGUGGAUAGAACAGAGCACAACAUGUCGAAUUCUCAGAGACUGCGAAGAGGGAUGCCUCUGAGAAAGCCGGGUCAUUACUUUGACGCCCGACUGGGUCCUCGAGCAGAGCCUUCGGCAGUCCCUUGA